AAUAUCGCGAGAGCUGCCUCACUGAUCACUACGUAAUGUGCCGUGCUGCUUCUAGCGGCGCUGGUGACAGUGCUGAAAGCUGUUGGGUAUGAAGUGAAACAGAACUGAAUUUUGUACCAUCCGCAACUGCUUCAAGUUCAGAUCACAACAAAGAAACUGAAGAUAAACCUCCCAGAACAAAAGUUGCAACACUGAAGACACGCAGGGGAAAAGGGAUCCCUUCAAGGAUUUAAAAACAAGAAGAAACCAAAUCCUGAAACAACCAAAGAAUAUGCAUAUCAGCCCAACUGAAACAUAGAAGAGAAGCAAUCCUAUGCCUAAGCAUAUUCUGAGAAGAAAACUGAUCUGAAACCAGAAGUUUGUGCCUACUCAACAGCUUUGACAAAGCACACGUCCCAACGCUGCUCCUAGCCCUCCUCAUACUCACUACACCACCGACUCACUACGGGGGUGUGGAGUGGGCUGCUAUCUGCUAGUUUACCCCCCAUAGUUCUCCCAUUUCCCCUCUCUUCUCUUCCCUCUAUUUUCUUUGUACUCCUCCACCCCUCACGCAGUGUUAUUACACCUGCAAUUGCCUUUUGUGCGCUAGAUUUCUCUCCACUUUUUAUUUUUACUUUAUUCAACCAUCUAGAACUUGUGCCAGUAACCCGCACAGAGUGUGUGAAGACGUCUGCAAAGUCAUCCAAGAGCCUAAGAAUUAUAAGAUACAAGACAACUAAUAAAGACAUCCAGCGGUGUAUCAUUGGGUGGUUACAUAGUUCUUAACUCGAGCAAAUAUUCAGACAAGUUAUCAAGUUCAGCAAGUGCUCAAGCAAGUUUGGUCCGAGUUUAUGGGAAAAUAUGGGCAGCCCCUGGAAAGGCUUUGUUGAGUUUACCUUGCCUGCGUCGCCACCCACCGCAUUUGUUAGUGCUGACCUGAGCAGCACCUCCCCUGUCGGACUCAGCCUGUCGCCAUAUGGCCGAUCCCGUAUCCCAGUCCUAUCCUCUGUAUCAGAAAUGGAAAGGGGCUCCUCUGAACCCCCAGUGGCUCGAAACACUGGCUCUGCCCCGUAUACUUCCACCGGUCCCAUGCCUAUACCCCGCUCCUCCUCCGUCUCUUGCCAUCCCCAUCCAGGAAGUAAAAAACACAAGCGGAGUCCUUUGUAUCAAAGAUCAAUGAGUUUUGACCCAGGCAUGCUCCAUAACAAUGGGCACACUGCAUACGCUAAUGGCUCAGGGCCUGGCAUUAGAGAGACCGGUGUGGUGGAGAAGCUGUUAGCCUCAUACGGGUUCAUCCAGUGCUCCGAACGUCAGGCUCGUCUCUUCUUCCACUGCUCCCAGUACAAUGGCAACCUGCAGGAGCUCAAAAUCGGAGACGAUGUAGAGUUUGAGGUAUCCUCUGACAGGCGCACUGGCAAGCCCAUAGCAGUGAAGCUGCUAAAGAUAAAGCCAGAAGUGCUGCCAGAGGAGCGCAUCUCGGGCCAGGUGGGGCCAGACCUGCACGCCUAUCCCUUUACUGUGCUGCAUGGUUAUAUUCAUCCAGUUGUCUCUUCAAUCCCGUUGCACUUGGAGGGUAAGCCUGCUCCUGGCCAGGGGCCCACUGGCAGCGUUUGUUACGAAAGAAAUGGGGAAGUAUUUUAUCUUACUUAUACUCCUGAUGAUGUGGAAGGUAAUCUCCACCUGGAGACGGGUGAUAAAGUGAGCUUUUAUAUGGAGACCAACAAGCAUACCGGUGCUGUCAGUGCCCGCAAUAUUCAACUUGUAAAGAAAAAGCAGUCAAGAUGCCAAGGUGUGGUGUGUGCUACAAAGGAGGCCUUUGGAUUUAUUGAGAGGGCCGACGUCGUAAAGGAGAUCUUUUUUCACUAUAGCGAGUUCAAAGGUGAUCUGGAGGCCCUUCAAGCUGGAGAUGAUGUUGAGUUCACCAUAAAAGAUAGAAAUGGUAAGGAAGUAGCUACGGAUGUAAGGCUGCUACCCCAGGGAACGGUCAUCUUUGAGGACAUCAGCAUUGAGCAGUUCGAAGGCACUGUGGUCAAAGUCAUUCCCAAAGUCCCCACUAAAAAUCAGAAUGAUCCUCUACCUGGUCGCAUAAGUGCAAGGAUUGGUUUCACAGACAAGGAACUGCCUUUUGGAGAGAAGGACACAAGGUCCAAGGUGACGCUGUUGGAGGGAGACCACAUUCAAUUCAACAUCUCCACCGACCGUAGAGACAAACUAGAGAGGGCUACCAAUAUCGAUAUCCUCCCAGACACCUUCAACUUCACCAAGGAGAUGCGCGAAAUGGGGGUGAUUGCAGCCAUACGUGAUGGCUUUGGUUUCAUUAAGUGUGUGGAUCGGGAUGCCAGGAUGUUCUUUCACUUCAGUGAGGUCCUGGAGGAGAGCCAGCUGCAUAUCUCAGAUGAAGUGGAGUUCACUGUUGUGCCUGUAGGUCCUGUUAAUAAGCUUUUCUCAAAAGAUAUGCUGUCAGCUCAGAGGAACCACGCGGUCCGCAUUAAGAAACUUCCCAAAGGGACUGUGUCCUUCCAUACCCAGUCUGAGCAGCGUUUUAUGGGUGUUGUGGAGAAGGAAGUUGUAACCAACAACAAGAAUGCCAGCCCCGUCAAGGGCAAGGAGAAGGGUAAAAUUGUAGAAAAGGAAUCAGAGGAAGGUGUGAUUGCAUAUGAAGACUGUGGAGUGAAGCUGACUGUGCCAUACCAUAUUAAAGACCUUGAGGGGGGAGGUCAGCCUCUGGUUGGAGAUAAGGUGGAGUUCUCAAUAAAUGAAGUGAAACGAACCGGCCAUCAGAGCGCCGUCUCCAUCCGGGUCCUCAACCGUACCGCCUCUAAUGCCAAGAGACUGCAUGGAUUUAUUGCCGCACUGAAAGAUAACUUUGGCUUCAUUGAGACCGCAAAUCAUGAUCAAGAAAUAUUUUUCCAUUACAGUGAAAUGUGUGGAGACUUGGAUAAUUUGGACCUUGGUGACACGGUGGAGUACACUCUCUCAAAGGGAAAAGGAAAUAAAGUCAGCGCUGAAAAGGUUACCAAGGUGGCUCCAGUGAACACUGUUGGUGAGGAUCUUAGUGCAUCGGUGUUGGUGGGGAGAGUCAUCCGUCCCAUACGCAGCGUGGACCCAUCGCAGACUGAGUACCAAGGGCUUAUUGAAGUUGCAGAAGAAGGUGGAGGUAAAGGACAAACGUACCCCUAUGGAAUCAUGGGCAUGACGAACAAGGGAGACUGUCUGCAAAAAGGAGAACAGGUUAAGUUCCAGUUUUGCACGAUUACCCAGACUGGCCAGAAGAUGGCGUGCAACAUUAUCCCUCAGAGGAAAGCGCUGGUGGAGUGCGUCAAAGACCAGUUUGGCUUCAUCACCUAUGAAGUGGGCGACAGCAAGAAGCUGUUCUUCCAUGUCAAAGAAGUGCAGGAUGGCCUGGAGCUCCAGGCUGGUGAUGAAGUCGAAUUCGCUGUCGUCCUCAAUCAACGCACGGGAAAAUGUAGCGCUUGCAACGUACGCAGAGUCAGCGAGGGGCCCAAACCAGUGGCGACGCCGCGUCCCGACCGCCUGGUGAACCGGCUGAAGAGCAUCACCCUGGACGACGCCAGCGCUCCUCGUCUGGUCAUUGUGAGGCAGCCCAGAGGACCAGACAACUCCAAGGGCUUCAGUGUGGAACGCAAGACUCGCCAGCCUGGCGUCAUCGACUGAUCAACGCGGCGCCUGCUCUCCUUUGAUUUAGGUCUAACGCUGUCCCCGAGGGAAACUGCAGUGGAUAAUGGAAACUACUUUGACGCACGCUCGUACACCAACUCAUCCACAAAAACAUACGCACACAUGCAGUAAUUGGCAUGUCUAAUCUUUGCUCCCAUUAAUAUCUGCCAGGGAACUUUUCUUAUUCCACAGUUCCUUACCUCCCAUCUAUGAUGUACUUGGUAGUUCCACACUGCGAUGUACAUGGGGUCUCUGAGUGUGUGCGUGUGUCAUGUAUCCUGGAGCUUAUUUGUGUGUAAUGAAAGUAUUUGUUUCAGAGGGCUUCGUCCCUCUAAAUCAGCGUGACGACUGUGUGGCUGUAUAUGUCCCCAUCUUUUGAAUCUGCUUUGUCUGGAAUUCUGCACCUGCAAGCUGUCCUGUUAGUCUGGGUGGAUGAGUGUGACUGUUGGCAUGUCUAUAAACCCGGCUCCGUUUUUGUUCCUCAUGCUCUUUUACAUAUGGAAACUUAGUGUUAAAUUAUCACGUUUCCUCUCUUGUAUGCUUUCCUACAAAACUGCAUAAAGUUCCCUCCAUAAGGAGGAUCAUACUUCUCAUAUGUGCGAGCUUAACUUUAGGAUUCUUCUUCUGCUCCGUUUUUUUGAGCAGUUUUAAAAUGCUUUACUGAAGAGCUGAAACGAAAGCAUGGUGUGCGUAUGACGUAUGUGAGUGUUAAAGUAGUUGCUCUAUUGGAAUUUACUUUUACCAGUCCAGAGCCUUGAUACCUUUUCGGUAUUUACAUGCUCCACUUCAGCAGUUUUCUCCAGGUGCAGAAUUCCAUGUGGCAUCUUAUAUCUGCAGUUCUUUUAUACCAUAAUUUUUCUUUUCUUGCACUUUUUUUUGUUUUUUUUGUUUUUUUUUUGUUUUUUUUGGAAACUCAAUCUAAUAUUGAAAAAGAAUAAGGUGCCUAAAAAUAAAAUAAAAAAAGUGAAAGCAACGUGAAAUAAAAAAAUAAAUAAAAAAUAAGAGAUGUUUUCUCUCUUUCUAGCCAACCACCUACAUAUUCACAACAAUCUUAGGGUGGCUUUUUUUUUUUUUCUUCAUUUCUAGUAGAAAUAAUACUGAUAUGCAUCCCAAACCUGUGGGUUGAACUAUACUGUAUGUAAUGUGUGCUUUGUUUUGUUUUUUUUUUUUCGUUUUUUUUUUUUUUUUUUCUCUCUCCUCAGUGAAAGUCAGAUAUAAUCAGAUUUAAUUUAAAUAAAGGUAAAAUAUCCAAAAUUCAGCUUAAACAAAAUAAUAAAAAAAGCAUUAUGAAUCAGGAUAUCAGUUUUUGUGCUCUAGAGACAAGAUAAGUGAGCUGUUGCGCCUGCGCACAUCAAGCUACCGUCAAAACAUUUCCUUGGAGUUCGCCGGGUUUCAGUUGAACCACGUACGAGGUUCCUGCAUACUUUUGUUAAUGGUCUUGAGCGAAACGAUUGAAUAAAAGUUUUAUGAAAAAAAAAUAAA